AUGACAAGAAAUUGGAAAAAUUUUAAGAGUUGUUAUGGCAACUGUGCUGCACAAGGUCUUAAUAAAAGUUUGUACACAACACAACUUGAAGGUGAAAAACCGAGUCUGUUAAAACGACAAGGAGUGAUUGAACUUCUUCCCGUGCGUAGCUACCAAGUUGAAAAUGACACACAUUCAGUGAUGCGACACAGUUACGCCAUGCAUAACGACCCAGACACAGAUCAUCAUGAUAUUGACGCCCAUAUUGUGCUUGGACAUAAUGAAGCUCACCUGGACGACCACCACCAUCAUCAUCAUCACCACCAUGAGGAUGAACAUCAUCAUGACGAAGAACAUCACCAUGACGACGAUCAUCACCAUGGCGAUGAACAUCACCAUGACGACGAGCACCAUGAGGACGAGCAUCACCACGACGAUGAACAUCAUGAAGACGAACACCACCAUGACGAUGAAAACCAUGACGACGAACAUCACAAUCAUGAUCACUAUGACAACCAUCAUAAUAAUCACGACGACGAAGAACAAAGUCAUGAUGACCAUGACGAUAUGGACAAUGAGGAACAACAUCACCACAGUGACCAUAAUGACAACCAUUAUGGCAACCACGAUCACCAUGACGACAACCAUUAUCAUCAUCAUGUGCACGUCUAUUAUUAUCCUCACGACCGUGACGACAACCACCACGACAACGAACACGAAGAUGAUCACCACGAUAAAAUACACCGACACUAUGAAUAUCACCGGUAUAUCGGACGUCACGACGAUGAAAAUGACGAUCACGAUAAACAUCGUUACUAUCACUACGAGGAAUAUCGGCCGUCACAUUCGAGUUACGAAAACGAACAUCAUUCUGACAAUCAUGUGCAGUCUCACUACAGUGAAAACAGUGAAAGUGGGACAUUAUAUCAUAACAAAAUUAUGGAGUAUGGCAUUCCGCACUCGAUUACGAUUAGCUUACCUCAUGGUUACAAUGGCCAUACCGAUAGUGAAUCCCACCAUGAGCACAGCGUAGUAAAUAAGUUAAUCACACAUCUCACAGAGGCACUAGAGAGAUUUCAGGCAAAAGAAGAUAUUCAUUCCAUGUCGCAAAAUCUCGCAACCACUAUUGCAAACACGCUGCUUCUCGCUACAAGACAAAAUGAAAAUCCAAGCCAUAUCACGUUGCAUGACAUUAUCAGAAUUGUCGAGGGUUUACGCGAAUCGUCGCACAGAGAAGGGUUAAAUGAGAGAGAAAAUUACCAUCACCGCGAUGAAGCGAUACACGACAUAUUAAAAGAUCGUCUUGACGUCAACAGUGCCGUACGUACUAACGACGAUUUAGUGCAUCAAAUGAAAGACGCAUUCUCGUCACUUCUGCAAGAAAUCAGAAAUAACGCUUUGAAUCAAAACAAUGUACUUGCGACGACGUCUAUUCAUCAUCAUUAUGAUAGAGAACAUCAUGGCAUCGACGGCGGUAACCAUGACAACGACGACGAUCAUUUUACGAGACAUCCAGCUGAAAAAGUCAUCAUAAUUAAAGACUCUUCCCCGCACAAAACAUUGGAUCAAAUUUUAGAUAGUCAUUUAUCGUCUCACGAUUAUGGACGGCAUGACGGCGAUUUUUUACAUCACGAUGAAGAUUUAUUCCGUCAUAAUAACGAUUUAUUACAUUCCGUUACACGUAACUUUAACGACGAACACGAUAAUUUACGCCAUCGUGAACUCCUCCAGAUUGCUGAUAAAUUGUUAGGGAUGCUUACAACCGCUUCUAUUAUCGAAGGUAAAAACAUAACACCAAAAAGACACCAAGAAGAAGACUCUGCAAAGCGCUCUUCAUCUAUUGGUGCAAGAUCUAAUAGAGCUCAAGAACAUAAACAAAUAAGGAAAAAACUUAACAUUAAAAACUCGCUGGUAAAAGCCAAUAUAACACAGAACAUACCUAAGAAAAUGCACAAGAAGAUCCUCUCUAGAAAAAAGAUCCAAGGAAAUAAGUAAGAAUAGCGACUAUUAGGUGUCCCAACGUGUGCACGAGAAAGCUACUGGUAAGAGCUUGGAGUCUUGUGAAGGAGUUGAGUCGAGAAAAAGACAUGGUUGUGGUGAUAACUUCUUGUUUUGAACAAAAAUUUAUCACAUUUGAACGACAAUUACAAUAAACAAAAAAACAUGGUUAAUUUUGCGGUUUGUUUAUAAAAAAUCGUAACAACCGCACACGAUCGAAAAUCUGGGCGGAAAUAAAUUAGAAACAAAACUUAAGUGAAAAUGAAAUACAGACACGAUUUUUUUAAUAUACAUAUAAAUGGAUUACCUUGAAAGUCUUCUGUGUUGCCUUUUUGGCGCCAUUAAUUUUCGCAAGUUAUUUUUAUCUUCUUUUUCAUUUCGCAGAAUAAAAUUCUUUUCCAU